AUGCGUUGGUGGUUAAAAUCAUUUGUGUUAGGUAGUUUUAUUGCAUGGAUUAUUUAUUAUCGUCUUUGGACAUAUCAACUUAUUCGAACACGUACAAAAGGUUUAUCUUAUAUUUCAUCUUCUUUGGAAAAUAAUACUGAACAAUAUUAUUUUUAUAAUCGUUCACAACAAUUAAAAUCUUCAUAUUUUGAAUGUGAAAAUAGAAUUUAUGCUCAUGGUCCUUGUGGUAAUCUUCAAAUUUCACCAUUAGAAAGACCUUGUACACCGCCAAUACAUAUUCAUCUUAAUCAAACAGAAUAUUUUACACUUAUUCAAGGUCAUUUAGGAUAUCAAUUAAAUGAUAAGAUCUAUUCAUGUAACAUUCAUACAUGUCCAAAACCUCUAAUUAUUCCACCUUUUAUUCCACACACAUUUUGGAUGAAUGAUAACAAAGAAGAUCUCGUGGUUCUUAUUCGUGCUGAACCAGCGAAUAGAUUUAAUGGACUUCGACAAGAAUUUUUUGAAAAUUUAGCUGGUGUUUUACGUGAUGAUUCUAUUUCUAUUUGGCAAAUAUUUGUACUUUUUGAAAAUGCUCAAACAUAUCCAGCAUCAUUACCAUUACCUAUUAUGAAAGUUAUCGUUAAAAUAGGUGCUAUUAUUGGUCGAAUACUUGGUUUUAAACAACAAUAUGAAGAAUAUACAACAACUACAAAUGAAAUCAACUAA